AUGAGAAUGGAUAUUCCGUUCAACAAGUAUUUCUUUGGCGUUGGGACAGAUCAAGGACCCGCAGGGAGAUACUUGGGCGGCAUGUUUGGCCAUGGAUGUGGCGAGCAGAUCGAAGAAGUGUACAAGUAUUGCAGUGAGAAUGUGACCGGACCUGAUGAUGAAGUCUGGUUGUUUGGGUUUAGCCGAGGAGCAUACGUUGCACGGGCAGUCUCGAAAAUGCUCAACGGAGGCCUCAUCAACUCAUCGAGUACCUCAAAGGACAGAACAAGACUCGAAAAGCUGAAGAAGUUGACAUUGAGAAGGAGCGCUAAAAACAACAGUGGUCAACGCUAUGGGUUUCUACUCGAUAACCCAAACCACGUUCCAACCGUCAAAUUCAUUGGGCUCUUUGAUAUGGUCAAUAUGACACUGAACAACUAUGAUGUGACAAUCUCAGACGACGAGCGCACGAUGAACAUACGGCACGCGAUGGCUAUGAAUGAGCACCGAUCUUUCCGCCCAUAUGAGAGGAUCACCAAUGAUGAGCUCGUCCUCGAUGAAGAUCGAUCCAUCGUUGAAGCCUGGUUCAUUGGAUGUCAUGAAGAUAUAGGUGGUGGCUCCGAGGACGACGGUCUUUCUCUAUACCCCCUGCAAUGGAUGCUUCUCGAAGCUCGCGACUGCGGACUAAUACUGGACCAUGGCCCUCCAAAAUUAUCGCAUAUGGUUGAAGACCCGCUCAUCCUUACCCUUCCUCAGAUAUAUGAUGAUGUCUCAAGUAUCAAUAGUGGCAGUAGCAACAGCUCCGCAUCUCUCGACCCUUCACCAUGGAUAUUUCGCUAUUCGAACGGGUUAUUGGUUACUAUGUACGACAUUCGCAACGUACAUCGCCAUGUGGACCUUGGAGACCAAAGGCGGAAGCUUCUUAAACGUACAGCACCACCUGCUCGACGGGUGAAACAUAGCAUCAGACUGAAUCCUGGUAGAUUCGACAGCUUGAAGCUCGGAGACCGCAGUAGAGCCGUAUUCGGCGGAGAUCUAGGCAAGCUCAACGGCUACCGGGAAAAUUCUCUUUCCGGUGUCAUAUUGCAUCCCUCUGUACACUUCAUGAUGGAUUCCUACUAUACGUCGGGGCUUGCGGUAAGUUUGCAGGGUAUCUCAAGUCAUGUUGAGCACUUUCGGCAGAUUGCAUCACUCCGAGCUCUUGCCCCAGACAGGAAAACCACCUUACCAGUAUAUCCAUGGAUCAAAGAUUUCACUCCCUCGGUCGCUUCGCCCACAUGUCGGAUCCUUGUUUGUGGGGAUACUGGAGUCGGCAAGUCCACCUUGCUGAAUCGUGUGUUCGGGGUUCCCAUGACAAUGGUGAAUCAUGAUAGACAAGGAGUUCACGACAUCGAGAAAGGGUUCCAAGAUGCCAACCAUCCGGGUAUAAUCAUACAUGAUUCUGAAGGGUUUCAAACAGGAGAAACUCGAGAGGUAGAGGCGUUCAAGAAGUUCAUCGAAACAAGAUCCGGGAAAGUCGUACCUGAGGAAAAACUGCAAGCAAUCUGGUUUUGCGUGCCGUCAAAUUCUCCUCGACCAGUUCAAGGUGGAUUAGGCAAUGUCCUGGCGACACUAGCCAAAAUCGCGCCCAGCAUCCCUAUCAUCGUAGUCUGCACGAAGAAAGAUUUGUACCUCCGAGAUAAAAGACUAUCUCGUGAAGACAUCGAGGCCAUCUGCAAGCCCGGCGCCGAGUCAAAUGAGCUCCUUAUGACAAACCAGCGAGAGCUGCUGCACCAGAAAGAAGCACAAAUCACAUCUCUUAUUGUACAGAGUGAACAAACCAGGGAGGCAUGGCCGCAGCUUCAGAACGUCAGAUUCCAAUUUGUUUUUUGCGGCGAAGAAUCAGAAGAUUCUCGGAGCUCCUUAUAUGACUCCAAAUCAAUUAAGGACUUGAUCCACACAACGGUGGCUCUCAUCGAUAAUGGUCUCACCGCCAACGGUAUGAUAGCGGCCCAGAUAGAGGACGUUGAAGCCAAGAUUGACAUUGCCAUCGAGAGGACGCUGCAGUUUCUUCGAAGGGCGAUAGUGAACUCUCACGCAAGCUCCAUUCUCGUUAUCGGAAGCGCCGUCGGGACGCCGGCAAUAGCUCGCCUGAUGUGCAAUGAGAUCGUCACUGGUUGCUUCGGCAUACGGGAGGAAAUGGAGAAGAAGGUAUAUGGCCUGCUCUCCAGAAUUAUCUCGAGCAACAUUGGUUGGUUCAUGGUCCAGAGCACCCUAACAGGCAUGGUGACUGUUGCCUCCGGCCUCUCUCUAUCUGCUACCAUACCGCUCUUUGAAGUCCCUUCAGCUACGCGCCUGUUGUUAAAAUGUGCCUGCGAUCUUAUUCUGAUUCUCGAUCGAGCGUUCCGUAUCGACGGAGAUGGAAAAUUCGUUAGUUUCGACAAGAUCAAGACUAUUUGGUACGCAUAUAUGAAGGGCACAGAGAUCACGCAGGAUUCAACGAGACUGCGCCCCCGACGAGAUCGGGUUCACAAGGCGGUCAAUGACCUGAUCCCUCGCAUGACAACGACCCAUGCUCUUUCUAGUUGGAAGGAUAAGAACAUCUCGAGGUAUCGACUGGGACUUAAAGACAUUGUCAUGGACUACAGGCUGCACGACAACCAAACUACAGUCGAUGUCAUAGGAGUUGACAUCGAGAAGGAGCUUUCCAACACCACGACAAUACAAGAAGACAAAGAGGACGAAGAUGGAUUGAGGGAUGAUCUCAAAGCUUUUACGAAUUACAACAGCUUGGACAGCUGA